GGUGCAAAUUUUGAUGAUUUCCUUGAAAAUGCCGGAGAAAAAAAAAAAGAAAAUGAGUUUGAAAAAAAAUCACGAAAAAUUCCAAAUUUGAUAAGAAAAAAAGAAUAAAAACUUGAAAACCGGUUUUAGAAUGCCGUCAUCUCAAUGUUAUUGAAUAGUGCGCCGAUGCAUGGAUGACACUUGAUUUGCAUGAAAUGUCAAAUCGAAAACAAAACAUAAGAAAAGUAAAAUAUUGCUGGUCCCUUCCCUUUGCUUGCAGAAUUUUUUUUUAUCCUUUGAAAGAAACAAACACGUUUUACGAGAAUUGAGCUGUUGCUGAAUUUGAAGCGGAAAAAAAUGAGUUUAUUACGUUUGGCGCUGCUUUCGCACAGACGUCUUUUGCCCAGUGUUCAGACAAGUUCUCAAUUGAGACUCUUUGCCAGCGCGAUCAAUGGAAAAAAAGGCGGUAGAAAUAAUGGAACGCUCUCUAGCAAACCAGACAUUACAACUAAGGUUGAUGUGCAACCAAAACAGACAACACCGGUGUUGAUAAGCCGACAAUUCCAGUCAUCAUCGCGAAAUCAAAAUACAGGUGGAUCAUCAAAACCGCCUGCAUCGUCAUCGAUCAAUCAAUUUUUAUGGAUCGGAGCAGCUGCUGCUAUUAUUCUCGGCGGUGGUGCGUACAUUAUCAAUCAUUCUAAGGAUGAAAAAUCGGGAAAAUCGCCAGAAACACCGAAGAAGAUGGCUCCGCCGAAAAAACCUAAAGUUCCACUAACCUCCGCUGAAAUCCCAAAGGAUGUUCCAUAUCUGUUAAUCGGCGGUGGUACAGCUAGUUUUGCUGCAUUCCGUGCUAUAAAAUCGCAUGAUCCAAAAGCGAAAGUUAUGGUAUUAUCUGAUGAAAUAGAGACACCCUAUAUGCGACCACCACUUUCCAAGGAGCUCUGGUUGGCUGAUGAAACCGUAAAUGGCAAAGAUUUAAAGUCCAAAGCCAAAGUAAAUAGCAAUAAAAAUGACACGGAAACAUUGAAGUUCAAGCAAUGGAAUGGAAUUGAGCGGAGUCUAUACUAUGAACCAAAUGACUUUUACACGCAUCCUUCGAAAUUAUCGAACGAACCGAAUGGUGGUGUAGCUAUUGUGCGAGGAUAUGAGGUGAAAAAGGUUGAUGUUGAAAAUCGUAUUGCUAUUUUGACCGAUGGCACUGAAAUUAAGUACGGCAAAUGUUUGAUCGCAACUGGUUCGUCACCGAGAAAUUUACCAGUGUUCGAAAAUGCUUCGUCAAAAUUGAAAGAACGGAUUUCCCUUUUCAAAACAAUUGAAGACUACGGCAGCCUGAAGAAAUACGUUGACCAAUCGGAAUCAGUCGCAAUCAUUGGCGGUGGAUUUCUUGGCAGUGAACUCGCCUGUGCAUUGGCUAAAUAUGGUGAAGACAAAAACUUGAAAGUGUAUCAAGUGUUCCAUGAAAAAGGGAAUAUGGGCAAAGUGUUACCCGAAUUCCUAAGCGAAUGGACAACGGAACGUGUACGUGAAGAAGGUGUCGAUGUCAUUCCAAACACUGAGGUGCAGACUGUUGAUCUUGUAAACGAUCAAGUGAAAUUAUUUUUGAAAAAUGGCCAAUCAAUUGUCUGUGAUCAUGUGGUUGUGGCCGUCGGUUCCACACCAAACACAACUUUGGGCAAAGAAUCCGGUCUAGAGAUCGAAACAAACCAUGGUGGUUACUUAGUGAACGCUGAACUUUCAGCAAGAAAUAAUUUGUAUGUGGCUGGAGAUGCAGCAUGUUUUUACGAUCCCCGACUUGGCCGCAGAAGGGUUGAACAUCACGACCAUGCGGUCGUUAGUGGCCGAUUGGCCGGCGAGAACAUGGUUGGAUUGAGUAAGCCAUACACGCACCAAAGUAUGUUCUGGUCAGAUUUGGGUCCACGAGUUGGUUACGAAGCACUCGGCAUCAUCGAUUCAUCCUUACCUACGGUUAGUGUAUUUGUAAAAAAGACGCCCGAAACCGUGACCUCACAAUCUGAUGACACAAAACCAUCGGCAGUGACACCCAGCGUCAAAGCAGCCGAUCCAUCAGACGAUCAAGAUGACUUCUCCAAGGGUGUUGUUUUUUAUUUAAGAGAUGAAAAAAUUGUUGGCAUUGUUCUAUGGAAUGUAUUCAAUCGCAUUAAUACUGCACGAGCUGUGCUCAGCCAGGACAAAAAAUAUGACGAUCUAAAUGAAGUAGCGAAAUUAUUUGAUAUUCAUAUGUAACAUAAACUUGAUGAGGAUACUGCACAAAAUUACAGAAAAUAGUGCGAAAUAAAAAAAAAAUCGAGAAAAAAAA